CUCUAAACACGUUGAGAAGCUGGUUUUUCGUUGCGUAUAUAUAACCUUUCUCACGCUCUUCUCUUCUUCUCAACACAAAACCUUUCUUUCCUUCUUUCUCUCUUCCUCUUUUAGUCUAAGUCAGUUCAUCAAUUCAUCACUCAUCUCUCAAAGAAAAGCAAAAUGGUGAAGAUUUGCUGCAUUGGUGCUGGAUAUGUGGGGGGUCCUACAAUGGCAGUCAUUGCACUUAAGUGUCCAUCCAUUGAAGUCGCCGUUGUUGACAUCUCUAUAUCCCGUAUCACAGCCUGGAACAGCGAUGUGCUUCCGAUCUAUGAACCUGGCCUUGACGACGUCGUAAAGCAAUGUCGUGGAAAGAACCUAUUCUUCAGCACAGAUGUUGAGAAGCAUGUCUUCGAGGCUGAUAUAGUCUUUGUCUCGGUUAACACCCCGACUAAAACUCAGGGUCUCGGUGCUGGCAAAGCAGCAGAUUUGACAUAUUGGGAAAGUGCGGCUCGUAUGAUUGCUGAUGUCUCAAAGUCCGAUAAGAUCGUGGUUGAGAAAUCAACUGUCCCUGUCAAAACUGCCGAGGCAAUUGAGAAAAUUUUGAUGCACAACAGCAAGGGAAUCAAAUUCCAAAUUCUAUCGAACCCGGAAUUCCUUGCUGAAGGAACUGCAAUCAAAGAUCUUUUUAAUCCAGACCGUGUUCUUAUCGGAGGCAGGGAAACCCCGGAAGGCCUGAAAGCUGUUCAAGCUUUGAAGAGUGUUUAUGCUCAUUGGGUCCCUGAGCAAAGAAUACUUACCACAAAUCUUUGGUCUGCAGAGUUAUCUAAGCUUGCUGCCAACGCCUUUUUGGCCCAAAGGAUUUCGUCUGUUAAUGCAAUGUCGGCACUUUGCGAGGCCACUGGUGCAAAUAUUCAACAGGUCGCCUAUGCUGUCGGCACUGACUCGAGGAUCGGUCCCAAGUUCCUCAAUGCUAGUGUUGGUUUCGGUGGAUCCUGCUUCCAGAAAGAUAUCUUGAACCUCGUCUACAUCUGCGAGUGCAACGGCCUUCCGGAGGUUGCCGAGUACUGGAAACAAGUCAUCAAGAUUAACGAUUAUCAGAAGAGCCGUUUCGUGAACCGCGUAGUUGCUUCAAUGUUCAACACAGUUUCGAACAAAAAGAUUGCUAUUCUUGGAUUUGCAUUCAAGAAAGAUACCGGCGACACAAGGGAGACUCCUGCCAUUGACGUGUGCCAGGGACUACUCGGCGAUAAAGCCAACCUUAGCAUAUACGAUCCACAAGUAACCGAGGACCAAAUCCAGAGGGAUCUAUCAAUGAACAAGUUCGAUUGGGACCAUCCGAUCCACUUGCAGCCGACAAGUCCAACAACUGUGAAGAAAGUUAGUGUGGUUUGGGAUGCAUAUGAAGCAACAAAAGAUGCACAUGGUAUUUGCAUUUUAACUGAAUGGGAUGAGUUCAAGACACUUGAUUUUCAGAAGAUAUAUGAGAACAUGCAAAAACCAGCAUUUGUUUUUGAUGGAAGGAACAUCGUGGAUGCUGAAAAGCUACGUGAGAUUGGUUUCAUUGUUUACUCAAUUGGAAAACCACUUGAUGCAUGGCUCAAGGAUAUGCCAGCUGUGGCAUAAAAAAUAUAUAAGAUCAUUUUGAUUUGAAUAUUAAGAGGGACUCAAAGUUUGAUUCUUUAAUAAUUUUUGUAAGAGUUUUUGUUUUUUUUAUUUGUUUUCCUUCUUUACUUUCCCAUAGUAGUUGACAUAAAGGAGUAUAAAUCAUGGGAAUGUUGGAAGGCUUAUGUUUUAAUUACUUUGGUUUUGUAAUCCCAUCUAUUACUGCAUGGUUGUUAUGAAUGUACUUUUGUUUGAUUUAAUUUUCUCUUAUUA